AUGGCAGGAUUAUCAUUACAAUAUCCAUAUUCUCCUUGUCCUUAUAAGCGUGUAUCUGCAAUACAAUUUGGUGUAUUAAGUCCUGAGCAGAUAGAACGUAUGUCUGUAUGUGAGAUAACAAGCGCAGAAUUAUAUGAGGAAGGAAUACCUAAAAAGAACGGACUAAAUGAUCUAAGAUUAGGUACAUUAGAUAAUAAAUAUAAUUGUAUAACAUGUUUAAUGGAUAUAAAGAAUUGUCCUGGACAUUUUGGUCAUAUUAAGCUAUAUAAACCUGUAUAUCAUUACGGAUUUAUUAAUACAUUAAUUAAAAUAUUGAGGUGUAUAUGCAGCUCUUGUGGUAAAUUAUUAAUCUCUUAUAAGGAUCCAAGAUUUAUUCAUGCAUGCACUAUUAAAUCCCCUAAUAAAAGACUAAAAAAAAUAGUAGAUCUAUGUGCAGGAAAGAGGAGGUGUGAUGCAGAUGAUGAUGAUGAGGAAGAAGAGGAGGAAGAAGAAGGAGGAGGAAGGAAAGGAGGAGGAGGAGGAGGAGGAGGAGGAGGGUGUGGUUGUAUACAACCACGUUAUUAUAAGGAAGGACCUAAUUUAAUGGUAUCUUUUCCUGAUAAUAAUAAACAUAAUAAUAAUAAUAAUAAUAAUAUAGCUGUAGAUACACCAGAAGAAGAAGGAAUAGAGGAUAUAAAAAGAGUAUUAAUACCUGAGGAAGCAUUAUGUAUAAUAAAGAAAAUAAAAGAAAGAGAUAUAAGACUAUUAGGAUUUGAUCCUAAUAGAUCUAAUCCUUCUUCUUUUAUUAUUAAUAUAUUACCUAUUCCUCCUCCUUGUGUUCGUCCUUCUGUACAAAAUAAUAAUAAUACAAGAAAUGAGGAUGAUCUUACCCUUAAAUUAAUUGAUAUUAUUAAGACUAAUAAUAUAUUAAAAAGACAGGCAGGAGCAACAGGAGCAACAGGAGGAGGUAGUAGUACUAGUAGUAGUAGUAGUACAGGAGGAGGAGGAGGAGCAGGAGGAGGAGAUAAUAAUUAUUCAUCUAUUCCUUCAUCUAUUAUACAAGAAAUGAAUCUCUUGCUACAGUAUCAUGUUACUACUUUAUUUGAUAAUGAUAUACCUGGUGUACCUGUUGCUACUACUAGAUCUAAAAAACCUAUUAAGGCUUUGCGGUCACGAUUAAAGGGUAAAGAAGGAAGAUUAAGGGGAAACUUAAUGGGAAAAAGAGUUGAUUUCUCUGCUCGUACUGUUAUUACAGGUGAUCCUAAUUUACCAAUAGAUGUAGUAGGUGUACCUAAGAGUAUAGCAAUGACUCUUACGUAUCCUGAGUUUGUUACUCAUCUUAAUAUAAAUAAAUUAAAAGAACUUGUUAAAAAAGGACCACUUGAAUGGCCAGGAGCUAAAUAUGUUAUAAGAGAAGAUGGGACUAGGUUUGAUUUACGUCAUGCAAAAAAAGGAGGAGAAGUUGCAUUAGAGGUUGGGUAUCGUGUAGAGCGUCAUAUGCAGGAUGGUGAUUAUGUAUUAUUUAAUCGUCAACCUUCCUUGCAUAAAAUGUCUAUAAUGGGUCAUAGAGUAAGAGUAUUACCUUACUCAACAUUUAGAUUAAAUUUAUCCGUUACUUCUCCUUAUAAUGCAGACUUUGAUGGUGAUGAGAUGAAUCUACAUCUUGCACAAAGUGAGGAAACAAGAGCAGAAAUUAAACAUCUUAUGUUAGUACCUAAACAGAUUGUUUCUCCUCAAGGAAAUAAACCUGUCAUGGGUAUUGUACAAGAUUCUUUAUUAGCAGUAAGUAAAUUUACUCGUCGUGAUACAUUCUUACGCCGUCCUAUGGUGUAUGAUCUACUAUUACAAAUACCUUAUUGGGAUGGUAAGGUUCCUUCCCCUGCAAUAUUAUAUCCUGAGCCUUUAUGGACAGGAAAACAGUUAUUUUCUUUAUUAUUAUGUUUUAAUACAAGUAUAACAGAAAUAGGUACAGGAGGAGGUAUAAUAACACCUACAGGAGUAGUAGGAGGAGUAGGAGGAGGAGGAGGAGGAGGAGGAGGAGGAGGAGGAGGAGGGGGUACAGGAGGAGGAAAUAAUACUAGAUUACGUAUAAAUAUGAUUCGUGAUAUAGGUGGUAUAAUAUUAGAUCGUAAAAAAGAAAACUUAUUUAUAUCUGAGAGGGAUGAUCGUGUAAUUAUUAGACAAGGAGAACUAUUAGCAGGAAAAAUAUGCAAAAAAACUGUUGGUUCCUCUAGUGGAUCUCUUAUUCAUCUUUUAUGGAACGAAACUGGACCAGAAAAGACAAAAGACUUUCUUGGUGCCCUACAAAGAUUAGUAAAUUAUUGGUUAUUACAUCAAGGAUUUACAGUAGGAUGUAGUGAUAUAAUUACAUCACAAGAAACCAAUAAAAAAGUACAAGAUAUACUAAAAGAAGCUAAAGAAGAAGUUAAUCAUCUUAUUCAUCUUGCUCAUCAAGGAAGACUAGAGGCACAACCAGGAAAAAGUCUUAGAGAAAGCUUCGAGGCAAGAGUUAAUAAAGAAU